AUGCAAGUAUUGCGCCUCCAGUUGAAUUCCGUGAUUUAUUGUCUUUCUGUACCGAUUGGAGCCCUUGCUGCGAUACCUUCUUCAUGGCGGGAACCCUCGUUCAGUAUAUCGCGUGCCGGGAAGGCUUUUGUAGCGAAGUCUGCACUUGACUUGCUCGUGGGUGGCUUGAACUCCUCGUCAGGCGUCGUGACGGAUCCCAGUCCAGGUCUCGAUAUAGCUCAAUCUGCGACCUUCAUCCAGACCCUGAGUCGUUAUGACCAGCUUACGGGCAAUCGGACGUAUGAAAGCCACGCCCUGGCUGCCUUUACUGCCUUUCGGAAUCAGUAUCCCAAGUUGUCCCCGUACGUCGCGUCCGUUGAGUAUCGCAUACGCAUUUUGACGAGUUCCAUCGCAGGGUAUGCUUCAUCCAUCCACCUUAUAACGCUACAUAGUGACACCGCACGUUGGGGUCUUGCAGCUUAUUAUGCGUCGACCGUGUACGACGGCCAGACGCAAAUAUCGUUUUUGGAAGGCGCGAAGGCCGCCUGGAAUUUACUACAGCCGUUCCAACUCACCCCUGACAUCGCCUUGAGCGGGCAUCUGUCAUCGAUAGAUGCGACGUUCGAGCCUUCGUGCAACGGAUCGUCAGUCCAGGGUGCAGUGCUUUGGCUUGAGCAGGGAGAUGUGCUCACGAAUUCGGAAACGAUGGGACCAUACAUCGCACUCUCGUCGUAUCUAUACAAUGCAACACACAACGAAACCUAUUCAUACGCCGCCAAUAUUGCUAUCGGGUUUACGCAAACCUUUCUGUCCGACGGCAAGACUCCCAUACACGAGAGCAUCUAUCUCAACAACUGUACAAUGGGCGUGUCAAAUGACUUGACAUACAACUCGGGGUACUUUGUCGAAGGCUUGGCUGCAUAUACGGCGAUGACCGGCGACCACUCGCAACAAGGCUACCUUAACUCCCUCGUGCAAUCACUACUGAUGGUACCGGAAUGGUAUCGCUCAGAUUAUGUGAUGAAAGGAGGAACGUUCAGCGAUACAGAGUAUGCCCUCAUCGAUAGCACGCAACCGGACGAGCAGACUCUGGUGAACUCGCGGCAGACCAGUGACUGGAAAGUAAUCUUCCUCAGUGGUCUCUACACCAGUCUCCGGUUUGGGCUGCUUGAGUCAGAGCUGGCACAAAAUGUUAGCGCCAUCAUCGCCAUCCAGUAUAAUGCAAUUCGCGGGCUCGCGAAUAGCACUGUCAACGGACAGCUCGCGUACAGCCCAAGUUGGACUGGCCAGCCGCUACCAUUCCUCGCCACAUGGGGUCAACUCACGGCGGCCGAGGUCCUCACAACGGCCUUGAACGUGACAACCAGUAACGACACUACUACGGACAGCAGUUGGAUGUACCCUUCUGGGAGCAUCAGUCCAACCUCUUCAUCUGAUCCUUGGUCAAACUCAGUGCCUACAAGAGCUUCACCAUCGGGUACCGCGAUGACAUCUUCAUCCUCAACUUCCCGAGCGAUUGCGGGGGGCGUAGUUGGCGCGUCACUAGCAUUUGGCAUUCUCUUAGGCCUAUGUUACUGGCGCCGACGCAGAGGGCGUAGAGCUGCCCCGAUAGAACUUGAAAUCUUCGCAGAGCCCUACACUGGGACGAUGCAAGAUUUCCCUAAUCAUGGUCGACCAGCUCGCGUGAUCGUGCCAGCCAUGGAUGCGCCCGGUCGCUUGCUGAAGGUGGAGCCCAUGAGAGAACGCAACGUGACCUCGGGGUCUAUCCACCAGCCUAGUUUGACGCCGUCGCUCACUGGAUCAGUUGAGGCUAUUGGUAGAGGCCAGACGCACCCAGAAAGACCCGCGCGGGCUGUGGUAGACGUGGGAGUCUUGCAGCGCCUGCUUACGGGAAUCCACGAGGUUCGAGCGACAUUGUCAGAUCUUCAGCAGCACCAAGCAUACAACGUGCCCAGUCACGUUUCGGACCCGCCGGAAUAUGGUGAUGUGGCGCAGAAUAACCCGUAG